GCCGGGGAAGGAAGAGGAGGCAUCGGGAGCGCGCUUUCCGCGUCGGCUGCUGCUUCUCACACACAGUGUGGACUACUGACAGCCAGCUGUGCGGCUACAAAACGACGACAAUAACAGCUGCGGACCUUGCGCCCUCGAACCUUGAACGCUCCACUCCUCUGGUGUCCGUUCGGGAGACGGAAAAGGAAAAAAGACAGAGUAGCGAGGAAAAAAGAAAGAAAAAAGGGCUUGUAUCGUCGUCUUCAUUGGCGGUUCCUGUGCUAGCUUAAGCUAAAGACGAGCAUUCCUACGACAUGAAUCCACUGUGUAGCAGAUGUAAUCUCGUCGUCUACCCCACGGAAAAAAUCAAUUGUCUGGACAAGUACUGGCAUGUGAGAUGCUUCCGCUGCGAGGUCUGCAAUAUGUCUCUAAACAUGAAGAAUUACAAAGGUUUUGCCAAGAGACCAUACUGCAAUGCACACUACCCUAGGGCAAACUUCACCUGUGUGGCUGACACUCCAGAGAACAUCCGCCUCAAACAGCAGAGCAAGAUGCAGAGCCAAGUUCUCUACAAGGAGGAUUUUGAAAAGAAUAAAGGGAAAUCUUUCACCGUGGUAACAGACACACCAGAGCUGCAGAGACUCAAGAAAUCACAGGACCAAAUCAGCAACAUCAAGUACCAUGAGGAGUUUGAGAAGAGCAAGAGUUCACAUUUGCAUGAGGAGGGCAGGAUUCAACAUCAACCGCCAGGCAACACUGCCCCUGCUUACCAACCCUCAGCAGCCGCUCAGAACUACCACUAUGAGCAUGCCCCGGAGCCUGUGCGUCCCGCGGCUGCUGCACCACCUCCUAGUGCUGGGAAGCGGUACCGAGCGGUGUACGACUAUGUGGCCGCCGACGAGGACGAAGUUUCUUUCAUGGAAGGCGACGUGAUCGUGGACGUGCAACAGAUUGAUGAGGGCUGGAUGUACGGCCGUGUGGAACGCACCAACAUGCAGGGGAUGCUGCCCGCCAACUACGUGGAGGCCAUCUGAGUAUAGGAAGAGAAAAGAGGGAGGGAGUAAAGGUAGCGAAAGGGAGGAAAAGGAGUUUUUAAAAAAGAAAAAAAAUAAGCCCAGUGCCAUUUCUUCUUAAAUGCCGCUUCUCUUGAUUUAACCUAGUGCUGUCCCACCCUGCCGGCCCCUUUCUCGCCGUUUCAGCUCGCUAACCUCAAGUCUUUUUCUGUCUUAACGUUUUCCUGUCUCUGUGUGCUGAUGUUGGUCUGUUUGGAAGUCGCUCCUCAUCCAUCUCCCCCUUCACCCUCAUCUCGUUCCCGAAGUCGGCUCCAUCCUGGCUUAGCACUUAACAUUUCCCUCAGAGCAACAUGAGUCAAAACACAAGAAAAAUACUUGGAAAAUUCCCUUUUGAGUCAUUCCGCACAGAUGUUAUUUUGUUUAUUUGCGUGUGUGCAUUUCCUCCGUAAGACUGGAAAUCGAGUUUAAUCUCAGUCGCUUUAACACUUGUACAUUCCUUUGAUCUCUGAACCCUGUCGGAUCAGCCAGCUGCCCGUCCUAACAGAGUCUAAUUCUUAAAUAUAUAUUUAUAGACCUCCUCCAUGUGACACACUGCAUUGUGGGUUAUGUUGUUCAACUGGAAUACGAAUCACCUGCUGUUGUUAUGUUUUUGUUAUUUUUCCAUUUCUUUUUUCUGGGGUGGGGGGUCUCGGGAAAACACAAAAGGGAUCAGAAUGGGGUAGGGUACGUCCGACCUCCACACAUGAACAAACCUGACUUCCUGUCCUGUGAUGCGACAUCCUUUCCUCCCUUCCCUUUUACCACAAAUUUGGCAUACGCAGCACAACGCUGUAUUGUGACACAUUUUUAAUUCUUUUAUUCCAAUGCUUCAACAUUCCAAUCUUUAUUUUUCCUUGCGAUGUGGAUGAAUGUGUUUGACUUAUUUUCCAACCCACCUUUUCUAUCUUGUGCUUAUGUUAUUAUUCUUUGCCUUUUUUCUUUGUUGUGAUUGUAAGAUGCUUAUUUUGAACAGGAAAAUUUGUUAAGUGUAUUAAAUGAAUAAACCAGCAACGCAA